AAAUCGCAAAGCCACUUCAUCUACCUGUCAAAAGAUAACAAAAAAAUCUAAUAUCUAAAAUUGCCACAUUUCCCAGAAAAAUUUCGUGUUUCCCCUCUAUUCUACGCGAAAAGUAUUAGAAUACACCCAAAAACGACCACAGUGAUAUUUAGUGAUAUGUACAAACGCCAUAGGUGUUAACAAAAGCAGUAUUUGACACAAAACUUUAGUAGAGGUGUAGCUUAGAAUUUUCCACAAUGGGAUUAACAAUUUCUUCAGUAUUCACUCGGUUGUUUAGUAAAAAGCCGAUGAGGAUACUUAUGGUGGGCUUGGACGCAGCGGGUAAAACCACCAUCCUAUACAAACUGAAGCUAGGUGAGAUAGUAACUACUAUACCAACAAUUGGUUUUAAUGUAGAAACUGUUGAGUACAAAAACAUCUCUUUCACCGUAUGGGAUGUGGGUGGCCAAACCAAGAUCAGGAAACUAUGGAGACACUAUUUUGCCAACACCGAUGGAAUAAUCUUUGUGGUGGACUCAAAUGACAGGGAAAGAAUUGCUGAGGCCGAGCAAGAAUUGCACAACAUGCUUGAGGAGGACGAUUUAAGAAAUUCAAUACUUUUGGUGUUUGCCAACAAGCAAGACUUACCAAACUCAAUGUCAACAGCUGAAUUAACUGAUAAAUUGAAAUUGAACACCAUGAAGAACCGAAAGUGGUAUAUUCAAGCUACUUGUGCCACCCAGGGAUCGGGGUUGUAUGAGGGACUUGACUGGUUGUCAAAUGAACUUGCUGGAAGAUAAACUUUGCAUUUGCUGGUAUAUAUUUUUUAAGUGAUAUGUUAAUAUAUUGAUAAAUACUGUGAAAUUCUUAGAUUAAGUUUGUCCACAUAUAAUUUUACUGAUUUUUGUUAAGGUAAUUAAAAGUGUAGCAAAUUUGUAAUUUAAACUUUUAUGUUUUAAGAAUA